GUAGUAUUUUGUGUGUGCACUUAUAUCCUGCUGCGUUUCUCUCUCUCUCUCUCUCUCUCUCUCUCUCUCUCUCUCUCUCUCUCUCUCUCUCUCUCUCUCUCUCUCUCUCUCUCUCUCUCUCUGUGUCUGCCCCCAUCAGAUGGUACCAUUGGGUUCCGGUACUUGGUGGCCGCUCUGUCCGGCCAAUCCUGGACCGUAUGGAUGCCACGAUAACAUAUGCCUUGAAGUUGAAGCAGGGUGAGGAAAGGUUACGUGCCUGUGGUACAGGGAAAUCCUCCCAUGGAGAGGGUGAGAACUUUUCUGGGAAUAAUGAUGAGGAGAUUGCACGUGGUGAGGGGCCGUUGGGAAAUGGAUUAGUCGCGAAUGAAGCUUUGCCUGCCUACACAUUGACAGAUUUCAUUCUUGAACUACGAGAUCCGAGGGAAGGAUCGCAGGCGCUUCGUAGACAGCCUUUGGCAUCUACGCCGACUAACGUGUCCAAGUCGUUGGAGAGUGGGAACGGGAAUGGUGGGACUUGGUCGAAUGAUGGGAACCUGCAAGAACAAGGCGAUGACAGGCGUGUGGCGGUGGUGGCGCAUUCUGCAGCUGGCUGGACUGCUCGGAUACUCAUGGGUUCACGAGCACCGUACGAUGGGAAAACCUAUGGGCUGGCCCGGCGGAUAAAAGUUCUGCUAACUUUAGGGACACCACAUAUCUGCACGGAUAAGUUAACCAAGCGCAAUCUGGAGUUUGUAAAUGUGACCUAUCCCGGCACAACAGAGGAAUCAGAAGGCGUAGAGUACAUUUGUGUGGCGGGAAAGGCCAAAGUGGGGGUCGCAAAAUUUGGGGGCUUGUUGCAGUCUUGUCGUGCACCUAUCACCAUGGAUGAUUACCCGAUGUAUGGGUUACUUGUUGGGUUCUCCCUUUGGGGGACCCUCUGGCGUCUCCUCUUUCCCCUGGGGUUCUGGCACACGUUCACAUGUAGAGUAGAUACCAGGGGUGGUGCCUCCGCUAAGCCUUAUACGAAGGAGGAGGAGGAGAAGAUGGCCGCCAUCCUGAGGGAGAGGAAAGAAAAGAAAGAGGCCAAAAAGAAGGCCCUGAUGGAGAUGCAGGCCGCCAAGUUGAAGAAGAUAGAGGAGGAGAUGGCCAGAGAAAAGGAAAGAUUGAAAAAAGAAGAAGAGGAGAAACUAAAAGAGGUGGAAGAGGAAGAGGAGGAAGAUGAGCAGCCGCUGGAAAGGAGGAGAGAGCAACGAGGGCAGUACAGUGGCAGCAAAAAUGAGGAAAUGGAGAAGAGGAUUUCAGAGUGGGUUGCCAACUUGUCUUUGGGAGAAGAGGAGGAGGUAGCCAUGUAUAUCCCCAAGGACGAGCAGGAGGCCGCCAUGAAGGAAUGGGAUGUAGAAGGAGAUGCUUUGAAGCGGCAAGAGAAGGAAGAUGAGAAGAAAAUGGAGUGGAAGUUGAGGGUGAUGUGGGAGAAGAAGAAGAGGGUGGAUGCAGCAAGUGCAGCGGUCAAAGAGUUGGAGGAGGUGCAGAAACUGAGUCUACAGUUGACCCCUCAAGUGGACCUCCAACGAAAAGUAGAGAUUAUUGCCCAGAGUGUCGAGUGCUUGGCCCGAGUGCAGGAAGAACAGUAUGAGUUUAGUCGAAGUCAGGAUAUGGCCGUGCGCUCGAUGCGGAUGGGGUUUCGGGACUUUGCCCGCGAACUGGUAGGCGUUGUAGGAGCCGAGGUGAACCAUCCCCUCGAAAAGACCGAACGAUUUUGUGUCGGCGCCAUUGAAGGCGUCAAGGCGACCGCUCCCAAGGAGGAAGAGGUACGUCCUUGCAGGGAGCCAGUCAAGGUCAAGUUCCCUGAUUCCUACAGUGGAAAAAGGGAAGAAAACUUUGACAAUUGGGAGGCCAAUGUCAAGACCUAUGUGCAUCUGCAACAGGUCUCCCCAGAUCAGCACGUAUUGAUUGCGAUUCAUGCGCUUAGAGACGAAGCCGCGAGUUUCGCGAGGUCCCUAGUCCGCUCUGCCAACUACAAUGAUGAUGCAGUUGCCUACUCUUCAUUCACCCCCCUUGUGGAUUUUAUGAAGUUGCUGCGCGAGCGAUUUGCUGAUGUCGCCCGCAGUGUCAAAGCCUCUGAUAGGCUCCAGACCAUCCAUUCUCGCCAAUGGAAGAGUGCCAGGGCACUCAAGGGUGUUAUGGACGAGUGGGUGGCUGUUCCUGACCACGGGGUCACAGAGACCCACAAGACCCUCCAAGAGCAUCAGGGUCAUCUCAGACAGGUCUUGGAGAAGCUGAGAGAAGCCAACUUCAAGAUCAACGCAAAGAAGUGCGAUUGGGCGAAGACCCAAGUCUUAUAUCUAGGCCACGUCUUAGACGGAGACAGCGCCAGGCCAGAAGAUUGCAAAAUCGCAGCGAUUAGAGAUUGGCCCACACCGCGCACGCUGACAGAAUUGCGGUCGUUCUUGGGCUUAGCUAACUACUAUAGGAAGUUCGUGAGGAACUUCUCCACUAUCGCUGCGCCCCUUCGCAGAUUGCUGAGGAAAGAAACCAUAUGGAAGUGGGAUAAGGACUGCACGUCUGCCAUGAAGAAGUUGAAGCAGGCGUUGAUAGAGUACCCAGUCCUUAAGGUAGCCGAUCCGUCCUUGCCCUUUGUCGUCACUACGGACGCCAAUCAGUACGGCAUAGGUGUUGUGUUGCAGCAAGACAAUGGCAAUGGUUAUCGACCCGUAGAGUUCAUGUCCGCUAGGAUGCCUUCAGAGAAGGUCGCGACAUCUACCUAUGAAAGGGAACUCUACACUCUUAGGCAAGCACUAGAACACUGGAAGCACUACUUGCUUGGGAGGCACUUCAAAGUCUAUUCAGAUCACGAGACGUUGAGAUGGUUAAAGACCCAGGCCAAGAUGACACCUAAGCUUACUAGGUGGGCCUCUGAAAUAGAUCAAUAUGAUUUCGAGCUCAAGCCAGUAAAAGGGAAGUAUAACGUAGUUGCGGAUGCUCUGAGUAGGAGAGCGGACUACUUUGGAGCGAUAGUUCACUAUCUGGACAUAGGGAAGGACCUGCAGCAAAAGGUUAGGGAAGUGUACGCACAGGACCCCAUCUAUAGUGACCUUCUUAAAAGAGUAAAGGAGGCCCCAGAGAUCGAGCCAGAUUACCGCACUACUGAGGGGUUGCUCUUUGAGAAGACUAACAUAUUUGACCGAUUGUGCAUUCCCAACAGCGAAGAAAUCCGUAGUCUGAUCUUAGGAGAAUGCCACGACACAGAGGGUCAUUUCGGUUGGCACAAGACUCUGGCCAAUCUAAUGCACGCGUACACCUGGCCGGGUAUGAAGAAUGACUGCAUAGAGUAUGUUCGCAGUUGUAAAGUCUGCCAGCGGAAUAAGACUACUACGCGUGCCCCGCUAGGCCUUCUCAGACCCUUACCUAUCCCUGAUCAGCCCGGAGAUUCGGUGUCCAUCGACUUUAUGGACGCAGGCGUCAAGAGUAGGCAUGGCAAGAGCCAAGUCAUGGUGAUAGUCGAUAGAUUCAGUAACACAAAGAGGAGAAGAAUGAGUUCAGUAAAGAAGAUGAAUGAAGAAGAAGAAGAAGAAGAAGAAGAAGAAGAAGAAGACAGAGGAGAAGAAGGAGAAGAAGGAGAAGAAGAAAGAGGAGAAGAAGAAGGAGAAGGAGGAGAAGAAGGAGGAGGAGGAGGAGGAGGAGAAGAGGGAGGAGAGGAAGAAGAAGGAGGAGGAGGAGAAGAAGAAGCUGGAACCAAUGAUUUUGCUUAUCAAAGUUAUAUGCUUUGCUGCGGACGUGGAGAUGUGUGGGGUGAUGGUAUAACACCGGUUGAGUGCGCCUUAGGCGUGCCUGGCGCGGAACACGUGGUGCUCGAUGGUGUCCAGCAUUCACCUGCUGCUGCGAAAAAGGGAGGGAAAUGGUACGGAUCACCCGGAGUGGUUGAGCAAUGGGUAUCAUACAUAGACGCCUUUCGAGAAAAAACAAAAGGUGGUCAUGGCAUAUCCCAUAAGCAGGAGAUUAACGAGACGACAAGCCGGCAGGCUGUUGCAUUAACUGCUGUUGGGGCUGUGCGCCUAGCGGUUGUGCUGGCUGUGAGACAGCAGGCUGCCCAGUUAUUGCAGUCUGCUACGGAGGUUGGGAAUACACUGUACAGUGUGUACGAGUUUGUGGUGAUGCCUUUCGGUCUUUGCAAUGCUCCUGGCACAUUUCAGCACGCCAUGAAUCGGAUCUUUCAUGACUACUUAGACAAGUUUGUCAUUGUGUACUUCGAUGACAUACUUAUCUUCAGUAGGACUGUCGAGGAGCACGUUGGUCACUUAGACAAAGUCCCUAGUCUCCUACAACAGCACCAGAUCAAGAUCAAUGGGGAGAAAUGCGAGUUUGGCCGCACCCGGAUCUUGUGCCUGGGUCAUGAGAUUUCCGCGGAGGGAUUGAAGCCCGAUGACGCGAAGGUGGCCAGCAUUCGUGACUGGUCGCGUCCUCAGUUUGUGACUGAGAUGAGGUCCUUCCUAGGGAUGACCGGCCUCUAUCGCAAUUUUGUUAAGAACUAUAGCAUAGUGGCCGCCCCUUUGACGGACCUGACCCGCCUUGACACCCCAUGGGAGUGGACAGACAGGUGUGAGGCUGCUUUCAGACAUCCGAAGCAUGCUCUGACGCACCAUGAGGUCUUGAAACUUCCUGAUCCUGACAAGCCGUUUAUAGUAACCACGGAUGCUAGCCAAUAUGGCAUAGGCGCCGUGCUCGCGCAACAGGAGGGGCCAAAGUUGAGGCAUGUCGAGUACAUGUCCAAAAAGAUGCCCUCUCAGAAGUUGGCUAAGUCCACGUAUGAGAAGGAGCUCUAUGCGAUUUAUAAAGCGCUAACCCACUGGAGACACUACCUCCUUGGGAGGUUCUUCGACGUUAGGAUUGAUCAUCAGACCCUAAAGUGGAUGCGAACCCAGCCAGUGCUCUCAGAUGCGUUGAAAAGAUGGAUCAAAGUCAUUGAACAGUAUGACUUCGAACCUCAGUACAUCAAAGGAGAGUACAAUAGAGCUGCUGAUGCGCUGUCGCGUAGGCCAGACUUCCUCGAUGCGCUGAUCACUGAGUUUGGGCUUGCGGAUGAUGUUACUCGUUCUUUGGUGGAAGCCUAUCGCGAGGAUCCGUUUAUGGCUGAGAUCAUACGCAGACUCGAGGCGAAGGACAAAGCGACUUCUGUCGAGUUUGAGUUGGUCAAUGGCCUGCUGUGCCUUGAGAAGGCCAGGAAUAAACGUUUGUGUGUGCCUAAUCGGGAGUCGUUGAGUAGUUUAUUUUUAGGUGAGUGUCACGAUGCCACAAGACAUUUUGGUUAUAAAAAGACUGCAGCCAACUUGCUGCAGCAGUUCUGGUGGCCCACAAUGAUGAGAGACGCCAAGCUGUACGUGCAGACUUGUCAGGUAUGUCAGAGAGACAAGCCAUGUACACAGCACCCUCUUGGGCUUCUCAAGCCCCUUCCGAUACCUGAAAGGCCUGGUGAGAGCCUGUCCAUGGACUUCAUGGAUACGCUGGUCACCAGCAAGAGUGGAAUGCGAUAUGUCUAUGUCAUUGUGGAUAGGUUUAGCAAGUAUGCUAGGUUAGUCACAAUGUCUGCAACAGCCAAGACCGAGUAUGUAAUCAAGCUGUUCAAAGAGAACUGGGUCAGGGACUUCGGGUUGCCAAAGUCCAUCAUUAGUGACCGGGAUGUGCGAUUCGCCAGUGAACUGUGGAAGGCCGCAGCUGCGGAACCAGGGACACAGCUGCAGAUGACCUCCGGCAACCACCCAGAGGCAAACGGACAAGCAGAGCAUCUGAACUGCGCUGUUCAACACCUGCUGAGGCAUUAUAUCAAGCCCAAUCAGGUGGACUGGGAUGAGAAACUUGCUCUCAUCGCCAGUCUGUAUAACAACGUGGUGCACAGUGCAACAGGGGUGAGCCCCAACAGUCUGCUACUGACUUUCAAACCUAGACUGCCCCUGGAUUUUCUGUUACCUGAGAAUCAGCCUUCUGCUGCACUAGGCACGUUGGAGUUUGCAUAUCUAUACGAGCCCCUGAUGCAACAAGCUGUAGAACAGAUGCACAGAGCACAGGCAGCGAUGAUAGAGUCAGAGAACAAACACCGCUGCCCAUCCACCUUCCAGGUAGGGGACAGAGUCUGGGUCAAGUCCUCACAACUGGGACAAGAGCACGGGAUAUCCCGUAAGCGCAUGCCACAGUAUUUUGGACCCUGGGAGGUUCUAGAUAUCGUCGGGGAUGAUCCUGAUGGGCCGUCGUAUGUAGUUCAGAUUCCUGGUCAUCUUCGCACUUACCCUGUCUUCCACGCCUCUAAGCUUGCACCUUUCAAGGAAACAGAUCAGUUUCCCUCACGGCGCUCAAUGCUGCCCCCAACCAUGGAUGGAGAGGUCGACAUCGACAGCAUCGUGGACCAUAUGGAAAUGCCAGUGCCAAGACCAACAGGCAGAGGACGUCCUCCUAAACCGAAGCUGCAGUACAGCGUUCGGUUCAGACAUCACAUUGAUCCUAAGGAGGACAGAUGGUUUACUCGGGAGGAACUAAUGCAGACUGCUCCACAGGCUGUGGCUCAUUACGAGAAUGGAAAGCGCCAGAUUGAGUAAUGGAACUUCUCAGAGGACUGUCGAAGUAUGGAGGAGGGAAUGCGAGGCUCAAGGCCUCGAUAUGCCCUACUGGGCCCUAUUUUCAGU